UAUAAAUCUCUCAAGACCUAAGCUCUAAAACCCUCGCGGCGGCGCCUCUCUUUUCCCCAUUCCACUUGCCGCAGCCAAGCUCCCUCCCGGGCUCUCGCGGUCUCCAUCGCCCAAUCAGCUCAGGGUGAGUUGAGUUGCGGCUUGGUUGGAGAUGUUGGUGCUGUUCGAGACGCCCGCUGGGUUCGCCCUUUUCAAGGUUCUGAACGAGGGCAAGCUCGACAAGGUCGAGGAUCUAUGGAAGGAGUUCACGACGUCGGACAGGGCGAGAAAGGUGGUUGAGCUGAAAGCUUUCAACAAGUUUGAGAACACAUCUGAUGCCCUUUCUGCUGCAACCCUGAUUAUUGAUAGCAAGCCUACCAAGGGUUUGCGCAAGUUCUUGCAGAAGCAUUGCGACGGUGAAACUUUAGCUGUUGCUGAUUCUAAACUUGGAAAUGCUAUAAAAGAGAAGCUGAAAAUUGACUGCGUUCACAACAGUGCUGUGAUGGAGCUGAUGAGAGGGCUGAGAAAUCAGCUUAGUGAGCUUAUAUCUGGGUUGGGCACACAGGACCUUGGUCCAAUGAGCCUGGGAUUGUCCCACAGCUUGUCUAGAUAUAAGCUAAAGUUCAGUCCUGAAAAGGUUGAUACCAUGAUCAUUCAGGCCAUUGGCUUAUUGGAUGAUCUUGACAAGGAGCUUAACACAUAUGCAAUGAGGGUUCGCGAAUGGUAUGGUUGGCACUUCCCAGAGCUCACUAAGAUAGUGACAGAUAAUAUACAGUAUGCAAAAGUUGUGAAGUUGAUGGGCAAUAGGACUCAUGCGGUCAACCUUGAUUUCUCGGAGAUACUGACAGAUGACGAGGUAGAAGCACAGUUAAAGGAGGCUGCAGUAAUAUCCAUGGGAACAGAAGUUAAUGAUCUUGAUUUAUCAAACAUUAGGGAACUUUGUGAUCAAGUCUUGGCUCUUUCUGAGUAUAGAGCUCAGCUGUAUGAUUAUCUGAAAAGUAGGAUGAACACAAUUGCACCAAAUUUGACUUCACUUGUGGGCGAACUUGUUGGUGCUAGACUUAUUUCACAUGGUGGCAGCCUUGUAAAUUUGGCCAAGCAGCCUGGUAGCACCAUUCAGAUACUUGGUGCAGAGAAGGCUUUAUUCAGAGCUCUGAAGACAAAACAUGCUACACCUAAGUAUGGCCUCAUCUACCAUGCAUCCUUAAUUGGUCAGGCAGCUCCAAAGCACAAGGGAAAGAUUUCUCGUUCUCUAGCUUCAAAAGCUGCUCUUGCCAUCCGAUAUGAUGCCCUUGGUGAUGGUGAAGAUAACUCCCUUGGUCUUGAGAGUCGACUGAAGCUUGAAACACGGCUUCGGGUUCUCGAGGGUAAAGAACUAGGGAGAUCUGUUGGUUCCACGAAGGGAAAGCCCAAGAUAGAAGUAUACGAAAAAGACAGGAAGAACGGUGCUGGGUUAAUUACUCCUGCUAAGACGUACAAUCCUUCGGCUGAUCUGGUUCUUGCACAAUCCACCGAAGAAACUCCAAAGAAGCUUGAUGUGGCUUCAAAGAAGAGGAAACAUGAUGAUGCGGAGACUGCACCAUCAACUGAGCCUGCUGGGGAAGCAAUUCAAGAGGAUGGUGGCCAGGAGGGCCGGAAGAAAAAGAAAAAAAAGUCCAAGGAUGUUGAGGAGUCUCCUACAGUUGAUGCGAAGAGUGACAAGAAAAAGAAAAAGAAAUCCAAGGAGACAGAGGAGCCUGGCGUGGCCACUGCUGAAGGUGAGAAGAAGAAAAAGGAAAGUGAAGCACAAGAUGAGGUUGUUGCCAUGGAAACCGAGUCUGGUAAAAAGGAUAAGAGGAAAAAGAAAAAGCAGGCUGAUGGAUGCGCUGUUCCCCAGAGGAGAAGGGAAGCAAAGCCGAGUCAUUUUGCGUAGGCUUAGGUUCAGGACUUUGUGUUCUGUAAAAUGGGAUUUUACCGACUAUUCGAUGGUAGUUAGCUAUAGUAUAGGAACCUUGCAGGAUUCAUGCAGCUGUGUUGAACAAUUACUAUUUGGAAGACUGGAAAUUUAAAUUUUGCUCUAUCUACAUAUACAAAGAAAUUGUGUGUCCA